AUGGACAAGGUAAGUCAAUAUGAACGUGUGUUCAACCGCUUUGAUGAAAAUGGAGACGGCAAGAUAUCACCGGCUGAGCUGCGGCAGUGCGUUGAAGAAAUAGGCGGCGAAAAGCUAUCGACAGAGGAUGCAGAGGCGGCGAUGGCGAAUUUGGAUUCGGAUGGCGAUGGACUAUUGGGAUUUGAUGAUUUUUUGAAGUUUGUGGAUGGAGUAAAAGAGGAAGAUAAAGUGAAUGACUUGAAAGAGGCUUUUAAGCUGUAUGAUGUGGAUGGAAGUGGUUGCAUAACACCAAGGAGUCUUGAGAAAAUGCUUAGUAAGUUGGGGGAUUCUAGAAGUUUAGAUGAAUGUCAACUUAUGAUUUCUAAGUUUGAUUUAGAUGGGGAUGGGAAAAUCAGUUUUGAGGAGUUUAAGGUUAUGAUGUUGUGA